GCCGGGGAAAUCCCCAGAGUUUACAAUAAAAGAGCUCCCUUGUCCCCUGGCUAUCACAUCUGCUGGCUGAGAAGAUGAAGCACAUACAGGUGGCUCUGCUGCUCCUCAUGCUGAGCAUAGUCACACAGGCUUCAACCACAGAGGCAACGACAAGCAUGUCUCCUCUUAUCGAUACAACUCUUCAGUAUCUGAGUCAGCCUAGAGAGACAACUGCCAGCCACCUGCGCAUGACCCCAGAGCUCUUUGCCAAUGUGUCUGGCUCUCUGGAUGACCGUGGAAACUGUCAGUGCUCUGUGUACUUGCCGGAUACCACCUUUCCUGUGCAGAAGGCUGAGCAAUUGCAAGUGAUAGCCACAACGCUUGUGGAGAAAUUUGAGAGAGAGCUUUCUGUGGUUAAAGAGUACUCAGAAAGGAUUGAACUGUAUCAACAGAAAAUUCUUAAUCUAACCAUCAGAGUGGAGCACAUGGAGAAGACCAGUGUAUCUUACACAGAACUAGACUUCCAGUUACUGAAAGUGGAAAUCAGUGACCUAGACAGACUGGUCACUCAGCUGAAAUCCACUGUUAUUGGAAGCAAUGUCAUCGUUGAUCAAAUAUAUUUGGAGAUCAGAAAUCUGACUAUACUAGUAAAUGAAUUAGAAUCAUUGGACAAAAACAAUAUCCUUGCAAUUCGUCGACAAAUUGUGUCUCUUCAAAAUCGAUUGAAGGAGUGUGAGGAGAGCAGAAACCAAACGACAGCACCCCCUUACUUCCCACCAGGUAGCUGCAUUCAUGGUGGACUGCUGAAUGUUAGCCAGCCAUAUGUAGUAAAGCUGAACUGGAGAGGAUCUUCCUACAGAUAUGGUUCCUGGGGUAGAGAUUACUCUCCCUCUGACCCUGAGCAGGAAGUCUAUUGGGUUGCACCAUCGAAUACGGAUGGGAGAUACUUAGAAUAUUUUAGAAUUUAUAAGACCUUUGAUGAUCUGCUGCUGUUUAAACCCAUGUAUGAAAAGAUAACAUAUGGAGAAGGAAGUGGUGCUGCUCUUUAUAAUAAUUUUUUGUACUAUCAUGCUUAUUCUUCAAGAAACAUAGCAAAGUACGAUAUAAGCAAAAACAGAAUAGUUUUGAGCAAGGCACUUCCAAAUGUCAUUACUGGUAACCGUUUCUCAUAUGCAGGUGUAUCAUGGCAAGACAUAGAUUUUGCUGUAGAUGAAAAUGGAUUAUGGGUAUUAUAUUCAACAGAAAAUAACAUGGGCAACAUUGUGAUUAGCAAACUCAAUGAGACCACACUUGAUGUGAUAAAUACUUGGCAGACAAGACAGUACAAGCCAUCUGUUUCUAAUGCUUUCAUGCUAUGUGGUGUUCUGUAUGCCACAAGGACGGUAAACACUAGGAAAGAGGAAAUCUUCUACAUGUAUGACACAAAUACUGGCCAAGAAGGUCGUGUUAAUAUCAUGAUGGAUAAAAAGUUAGAUACAAUCCAGGGUAUUGAUUAUAGCCCCACAGAUCAGAAACUGUAUGUUUACAAUGAUGGUUACCUUCUAAGAUACGACAUAACGUUUCGGCAUUAGUAUAUCAAUGACACAAUCAUUUGGUAGAACUGGCAGCAACUAAAAUGAGAGAUCUGAUAUACAUUUAGACCACUUUAUGGUUCAUCUAGUCUGAGGUACUGUAUUUGUGGGUGUUACAUAUAUCACUUAAAUUACUGUCUUUAAAAAUUGCCUGCUCCUAUCAGUUGUAUUACUGGUAGCAGUGUUUGGCAAUACUGGGUUCUUCAGGUUUUGAUUGGUGUUUAUUGGUGCCUGGUGCUUUACAACUGUCCUGUCUAAAGGUAGAUCUACUGCAUAGAUUUAGUGUAUUUUGUUCACAGAAAUUGAUGGAUACACCCUAUCCACAGACUGGGAAGCUAAUUAACCACUGAUAUGCACUGCUGUAAAACAAGCAAGACACUCAGAAACUGAGAAUGAAUUUUCACUGAUCUUCAUCAGAGUGAAUUGAGACCUCAGUGAAAUUAAUAGAAGGUUUAAAAUAAUAUAGGAAAUGGGACUUGGUUUGAAGAUGGCAACCUAUUUGUUAGGUGAAUGCAGCAGAAGCUGGCUCAAGGCUUUAGGAGAGGGGGUAAAAAUACACUUUGCUGUUGGAAGUCCUGUCAUGGGGAGUGAAAAGAAGGCAUUUGGGUUGGGACAGCAUAGAGCUCACUGUCCCUGCCAUUGCUGAUGCAGUUGCCCCACCUACGGCUGUCUCCUGGCCUCUCAGUCCUCUCCAAAGCUGCCACAGCACCAAGGUGGCUUCCCAAAGUGCCUGCAGGGCCAAAUGGACAGCGCUGCUUUCUCUCUCUUUCUCUCUGUCUCACUCUGUUGCCCUUAUCAACUCCUUGUGCCUGGUGUUAUAGAUGGUCUUAACUGGUCAAGCGAUGUUUUGUUGUCAUCAUGGCUCCACUUUCCUAGAAGUACAGUGCAAGAAACAGUUUUUCUUUCCUUUAUCCUUUUGCAAUCUGUUUCAAAUCCUUCUGUUGACCUCACUGGCUAUGGGUAUACAUCAUGCAUUGGCAGGGAAUGACAGGUGUGUAUUUUAACAUGCCUCUAUUAAACAUUUUUGCCAUUCUGCAAUUAGAUACCUGAGAGCCUUGUUAGCGUAGGGUCACGUUAAUUCCUUGCAUCAUUCUGUCCUACAGCAUGGCAAAUUGUCUUGUGGGAAACAGAACUCUGGUGAAACUAGUUGGAUAGGUGUUUGUUUUUUAAGUGGUUAAUGUGUAAUAAUUUUUGAGUGUGUGUACUGUAUUCAAUGUCUUACCUUCAUCAUGUUAGAAAACAUGUUAAAAUACUGAAAUUCAGAGCUCUGUAAAGAAGAAAGUAGUUCAUGUGGUUUGUUUUCUUCUAUUACCUAUGUAAUCACAGUUUGUGUCUUCUGAGAAUAAAAAAUACAUAUGCAAAUGA